GACUGCACAGGCCCAGUCCGGACUGCUAUUUUAACACGUUGGGUUAAACGUUCAGCAUACCUGAUUUUUUUAAGUGUUUAUAAUUUUACGGGCGGAAUUCCCUUACUUCCGCUCUCGCUCUGAAAGCGGGGUGUGUUCAUACAGCUGCUCCUCGCGCCCUAUGCUCGCGCCCCACCCUCUGCCCCUGCCUUGUUAUUGUUUUUUAACAGUCGCGCGCUGUGGCUUGUGCUAUCAUCCCCUGAUUUGUGUGGCGACUGUUGGCUCGCCGCGCGCAUGCAGCAGAAUGGCUCCAACGGUUCCAACGGUUCUGAAGGCUGUGGCAGGGAUCGCCAGUCUCUGUCCUUCAGCCCGCUGCCCGCCGCUACUACACGGGUAAGGAGGUUCAUUCAGGAGCGACGGACGCUGCCACUACCCAGAGUGAUGGUGGUAUUCUCGGCCGCGGAUGACAACGAAAAACCGGGCGAUGCCAUGUCCAGCUCGGACUCUGCGGAGGAUGAGUUCCGAAAGGCGGCCUCGCCGGCGCCGAACUUCACCCUCAGCGAUCCGCUCCGCCCAUCGCUGAACGCCCAGGAGCAGGAGCUGAGGGGUGGAGGCUGACGGCCGAUGCUUUUUUUUCCUGUGGAGAGGGAUGGAGGAAAAAGGGAAUAAGUGGCUAUCCUUCAGUCGGGUUUCGCGGAGAGCGACUUGAUAAUAGCAACCCACAACCUCAGCGGAGCGUUUUCCAUGGGAACAAAAACGUCUUAAAAUGACCAGGAGAGUAAACGCUGAUCUGCUGCACAAGUCCUCCAUCCAGGAUUAAACUGCAUUGUUUUCCCCUGAAAAUGGAGCUUUACCAAAACAGCAUCCACAGGGUGUGAAUCUUAAAACGCUGGCUUGGUGUUUCAGUGUGUACAGGGUAAAAGGAGCUUUUCCAAAACGCUUGAAUCCACCUAGAAACCCCAUGGAGCAGGAUGUGGAGAGCCCGGCCAUCAUCAGACAGCCCAAGUUGCCAAAGCAGGCCCGUGAGGACCUGCCUAAAAAGCUGGCAGAGAUGGACAGCACAAAGAAGGUCCAGCGAUAUGUCCAGAAAGACGGGAAGUGCAACGUCCAUCACGGGAAUGUUCGUGAGACGUACCGCUAUCUGACGGACAUUUUCACCACGCUGGUAGAUCUCAAAUGGAGGUUCAACCUCUUCAUCUUCGUGUUGGUGUACACAGUGACGUGGCUCUUCUUUGGCUUCAUGUGGUGGCUGAUUGCUUACCUUCGGGGUGAUCUGGACCACUUAGCAGACAACCAGUGGACUCCAUGUGUCAAUAACCUCAAUGGGUUUGUAUCAGCCUUUCUGUUCUCCAUUGAGACAGAGACCACCAUUGGUUACGGAUACAGAGUCAUCACAGACAAAUGUCCUGAGGGGAUACUUCUGCUUUUAAUUCAGUCGGUGCUGGGAUCUAUCGUGAAUGCCUUCAUGGUGGGUUGCAUGUUUGUUAAGAUCUCACAGCCUAAGAAGCGAGCUGAGACACUAGUGUUUUCUACCAAUGCGGUCAUCUCAAUGAGAGACGGACGGCUGUGCCUGAUGUUCAGAGUCGGAGACCUCCGAAACUCGCACAUCGUAGAGGCGUCAAUCAGGGCCAAGCUUAUCAAGUCAAAGCAGACCAAGGAAGGGGAGUUCAUCCCUUUGAAUCAGACGGACAUAAAUGUGGGUUACAACACGGGAGACGACAGGCUCUUCCUAGUUUCGCCACUCAUCAUCUGCCAUGAGAUAAAUCAGAGCAGCCCCUUCUGGGAGAUCUCACAAGCCCACCUGGCCAAGGAAGAUCUGGAGAUUGUUGUGAUUCUGGAGGGGAUGGUGGAGGCCACAGGCAUGACUUGCCAGGCGAGGAGUUCAUACAUCGGCAACGAGAUCAAGUGGGGCUACCGCUUCACACCAGUCCUGACACUGGAGGAUGGCUUCUAUGAGGUGGACUACAACAGCUUCCACGAUAUCUAUGAAACUAACACUCCCGCCUGCAGUGCCAAAGAGCUUGCUGAUAUGACCAGCCGCACCCGCUUACCCCUUACCUGGUCUCUGGCAAGUAAACUGAGCCAGCAGGGGCUGCCAGAAUCUGAGCAAGAGGGUCAGGAGACCAAGACCAGCCUGGAUAACGAGGGGAAGAGCCAGCAGACUGAGAGGAACGGGGACAUUGCCAACAUAGAGAGUGAGUCCAAAGUGUGAUGGAGGAUGGAAAGACAGCAAGUUUAGGGUCCAUAUGAGAUUAUUGUGUACUGUACGUCUCACCAAACAAGCUUUCGGAGCACAGGUGAGAAUUUGAGGUACUAAACGAGGACAAAUGAGCACAGUAGACCAAGUAUCCUUUCACCAAGAACUGCUUUUUCUCAGUGAUUCACAGUUACCCCAAAAACAACACACCUAGACAUGUGGCCCACCGCUGAACUGAAAACCCUCUGCGGCAAGUGCAUGUUUCAAAUAUAGUGUGAUGUCCUCCUGAUGAGAUUCCUAUUAUUUUUUCUAUUAAGAUAUUCCUAGGGGCAUUUGCAUAAGUAUUUUUGUAUAUACUAUAAAAUGUUUUGAAUUCCUUGUUUUGGUCCGGUGUGAAUAUUCGACAGAUGUUUGAUACUAAUACCUUUAGGUUAGUUCUGUAUAUAAUCUCUGCCUUACUGUAUGUAUAAAGCUUUCAUUACUUGUUUUUCAUAAAUAUAUUUGCAUGUAUAAACAUUAUCUACAGUUAAUUUAUCUUGUAUUGUGUAUAUACUGUAUUAUGAUAAUGUUAUAAGAAACACACACAUCUCAAUGGAUGCAAACACUAGUUGAAACCAAUGACAAAUACUUCCCCACAUGAUAAAUGUUUGUUAAAGGUAAUACUACACGUCUACAGUACAAUUCCUUGAGAAGCCAUGACUUGCUGUUUACAGCUGAGUGACUUCAGACAACGGCCCUUUAAAAACUGCUUUCGUCACUUUUGCACAUUGAAGGCUUCUGUUGCUAUUUCAGUCUCCAGAAAUCCCUCACA